AUGGUGAAUUUUGUCAGAUGCUGCUGCGAAACAGACGUCGACGUGAAGUCAGAAAGUCUUAAAAACCUAUAUAACGGCGCUCUGUGCAAUGAACCGUUGUUUAACCGAGAACAGCACUUCUUUAGGGAAUACUACGACCUGCUGGCGCGGCACAUGCAAAUUGAAGUAGCCGAUGGUAAAAGGUUUGCAUUGAAGAAGGAGGUCGCCGCUCCACCGAUGGAAGAUUUCCUUCUAGACAAACCCCUGCUGUCCACCUUACAUUACUGCUGUCUCUAUCACUACCACGAUCCCAUGGUU